GACAGUUUCGUUCAUUGAAGUUCGUCGAUCACAGCGACAGCGUGUAAACCAUUCACUCGCCAGCCGUGGGAAUACAUGUGGGUACGCUCCGUUGUUCAUUUGUGUUCGCCUGCUAUAUUACGUUUACUUUAGUUAUUAACGGAUUACUACAGCUAAAAAAUAAGAUUCAUCAUGGCUGUAGAGACUCUGAUCGUGUUUGGAUUAUUCAGUCUGGUUAUGGGGACCCAACAGCAGAUCCCCAGCUGUAAAACCUCUCAAUACUUUGAAAAAAGUUUAAACGUGUGUCGACCCUGCAGACAAUGUCCUGUAAACGAAGUUAUCCGACAUCCCUGCGAAAAAACCCGGGACACUGUGUGUGGACCUUUCAUCGAAUUCGACGAGUUCCACCAAGCACCGUUCAUCAACCUUCUGCCAAGCAAGAACAAUAUUUCCCAAGAAGUAUUUGUGACCAAUGAAUUAAAUAUUGAUGUGAACACCCCGAAUAAUGACCCCUCGGACGUUCGUGGACAGGCCCCGAUUACAAUGAAGAACGGGAAGUGGUACACGCUGGCCAUGGCAUUACUCGGAGUGUUAUCGUUUGUUUCUCUCUUCGUCAUCGUCUACAUCAUCCUCGUAUGUUUCGUCUGCAAGAAACGCCGAGAGGAAAAGGAAAUCAUCUAUGAUCCUGAAAUGUGCACUCCUGCGCCGUCACCGAUGCAGACGUACUACCCUCCGCGCAACAAGAAGGCAACGUCGGCCGACGUGGAGGAGAGCGACGAUAGCUCCGGCGGCGGUCGGAUGAUAGUGCUCCCAAAUAUAUACACGCCGUUCACAAGCCAGGAUUGCGAGUACGAUGCGGAUAACAGCGGACAGACCGUGUCAUCCGGCUCCACUAACUACGUCUACUUCAAGGCGCCGACCUCGUCGUAGUAGGAUACGAUUACUAUGUAUGAUUUUAAUGUUUUGGAAACUUGAGAAUAUCUAUGGUACAAGUAGUACCGUGCUUGUGUUGGCAUACAAAUUCAAAUUAAAACGGGAUACAGAUUUUUCACGAUGUGACGGUUUGACGAAAAUAUAUAAUUAUUUGAUGCUACCAUGGAAAGGUGAAUAGGUAUGGGUGUGUUGGCCUCGGACAUCUUAUGGUCAUCUAGUCAGUGGAAACGCCUUCCCCCAAAAUGACCACUGUCCUUCGAUAGCCAGUGGCAAACGGACCAAGUGCAACCCCUUCUGAUCUGAUCACGUACAACGGACCCGCCAACAAAGUACGCCCAACGAAGCCUGACCGUUCCGUGAGGGAAUGUACUUUAAUAUGCGAGUGCUCUGCAGUAUCAGAUUCCAGUUGCCAUGCUAGAGGCCCGGGAUACCCACGUGACUAAGACUUUCCUUACAAGGACAAAUACUGUUUUAUGUGUGAUACAUAUAAAGUUCAUGGAAUUCAUAUUUUACCACGGAUUUAUAAUAAACAAAAGGAUGAGUUAAUGGAACUUUUUGAGACAUUACAAGGACCUAGAAUAUGUGGGACACAUUUUAUUCUGCUUGCGUUUUUUCCGAACAAGUGUGCUUUGUCUAUUCACGUUUUGAUUAUUUGAAAUCCGACCGGAUUUUUCUUCGACUUCCGAUUCGUUUCGGAUAUUUUUUUCUAAGUUGAUUUAGAUAAAUAUAUUGACCAAAGGGACCAGAUUGUCUCGAUCAUGAGAUUCCAAAGAAUACUAAUAUUUUGUAUGCUAUGUCUGUGAUUUCUUUAUUGUAUUUAUUGAUUCUUUAUUAUUUUUCUAUUUGAUAAUGAUGAUGCAAACAAUGCAAGAAGUUUGUAAUUAUAAAAUAACUUGAAAUCAAAA